AUGACGCGGGGCGCUUGUCUAUUUCAGGGCGGUGGAUCGUUUUCUGCCAUCGUCAGUGGACUGAGCCACAGUCCCCAGCCUGACACUACCGGCCUUACGUUGACGUCUUCUCUUCUGCCUCGCUCUCGAUUAAAACGUCUCGAACGAGUGUCGACGAGUCGCGAGAAUGCCUCCUCCUCCUCCCCCUCCCCUCCGCCGCCGCCGCCGCCCGGAGGUCUUGGUGGCCCUCCCCCACCUCCUCCUCCUGGAGGUGGCAGCAAUCUUCCUGCCAGACCGUCGAAAAAUGAAGUUAAAGGAAGGGGCGCUUUGUUAUCCGAUAUUCACAAGGGGACCCGACUGAAAAAAACCGUCACCAAUGACCGAUCAGCGCCUCAAAUAGGAAGCACCGGAGGAAACUCGGCGGCACCUGCAGUUGGCGGAGCGCCACCAGUGCCGGGCAUGAAAGCGCCCUCGGGUCUGGCACCGCCUGUGCCAUCAGGCCUUGCUGCCAAUCGAGAGCGAAGCAACAGUGAAGGGGUCUCCGGAUUAGAUGCAGGAUCGGGUGGUCCUGCAGCGCAGCUGGGAGGUCUUUUCGCUGGGGGCAUGCCCAAAUUACGCAGUCGCGGCGGAGUUGAUACAGGAGCAAAUAGAGAUUCACCUUACAUGUCCGACGGUGAAACGUCACGGCGCACAGCUCCCUCAGUCCCGAAGCCCCCUUCAGCUCCUCCUCCACCUCCUGGAGCCCGACCACCGGUCCCCCCGCCUUCCGAUUCACACAAUGCGCCGGCCAUCAAUCCCCUCGUUGCCAGCUUAAAGAAGCCUCCACCACGUCCCGUCUCCAGGUCGUCUGCGUCUGCGGCGUCUAUCAAGGGAGCGCCUGACGCCCCUCCCCCUCGCGCUCCCCCACCACCUCCUGGCUCGCGAAAGCCCUCUGGAGCUCCUCCUCCGCCACCCUCUUCAUCCGCGAGCCCGGCAGCUCCUCCCCCGCCCCCUCCCCCUCCUCCCUCCGCGCCCGCAUCUUCACGCGUGCCUCCUCCUCCUCCACCUCCAGCUGCUCCCGGCCGGCCAACGCCUCCACCACCUCCCGCCCCGCCAUCCGGAGCUUCGUCAUCAAUGGCUGCUCAAGCAGCACGCAGUGCACUUAGCUCCGCGGGCUCUCCGACAACACCUCCCCCUCCUCCCCCGCCGUCAGCUGCGCCAGCGGCUCCACCUCCGCCUCCGCCUCCAGCUUCAGCUCCAGCCCCUCCACCACCCAGUGAGCCGCCCUCGCGCCCAUCACCUAUCGCUUCACGUCCAGUUUCACAUGAACCGCAUAUUGCACUAGACCCCAGCGCAUAUACCUUGUCCUCUGUCGGUCCCGCGCCGUCGUCGGGCCUGCGGGCUUCUGCGAGUAUUGGCCCUGUGCGAAUAGAGGAUCCACGAUUCAAAUUCCAAGGAGAAGGACUUUUUCCCAAGCCGCGGCCGUUUGUUGGUGGGGAAAGAAGGUAUCGAGCUGGUCGAGGAAGCAGUGUGCCUCUCGACUUGAGUGCGCUGAGUGGUUGA